GCCCACCCACUCGCUACUAGUUGCAGUACUGGCAACUUGAAUGCCACGAGGUGCACAGUGACUGGCAUGGCUCCAUGACCACUCCUGGCACUGCUCUCCAGCUUUACUGUACCACUCUGGCCUGGCCUGCUCCGAGCCUGGCGUGCGCUUGCUUAAUGCACUGCAGUGCCGUCACGCUGUGUAACCUGAUGCACCCUGCUAACCUCACCUUCACUUCACCUUCACCCACUCUCACCUCACCACCGCAUUCAGUUCUCCAGACACUUCUUGUAGACCAUGUUUAGGCCCUAGACAUAUCACCUCCCUUUCAGAGGUUCUCCCUCAUUGCGCCUCCCCUUCCUUCCCUGAGAUGUCUUCCAGUCGUCGGAACAGCGUUGAAGAUGCAGAGCAUCACACGCACAACCUCGUCGACGGGGUUGCCCACCUCAAGAAUAAAGCAAAGGAAAAGACCAAAAAGUUACUUGACGCUACAGGUCCCCCUGCGCCAGACGGCUAUGAAUCAGACGACAAUGCAGACGACAUCUUUUCCGACGCCGCCUUCGACCCUGCGAAGAUACAGCAAGCAUCCGCGCCCAGGUCUCGCUCUUCAACCCGCGGGAGCAUCUCCGAUGGCGUCAAGGACUUGAAACACAUCAUCGCUCAUCCCAGGCGCGUCAUACGCAACAAGGCAACCCGAGUGACUGCAGACAAGCUAGGCAAUACUAAUCAUCCGACGCUCACUCUUGAGCAGGACCAGGAAUUGCUCGACGCCCAUGACGGUCUAGCGCGAGCCACCUCCAACGCGUCGUCGGCCACUGAUGUUGACAAGGCCAAUUCCGAGGUGGAUGAUGCUCAUGCGCGAGUCCAGAAACUUGAACAGCAAAGAGAAAGCCUGCAGACUGCGUGGGUCCUGAGUCGUCAUGUCUCUCGGGUCAAAGUAGUCCAGCCCAUCCCUCGCCCUGACCGGUCACAAUUCGAAGUCCUCACCGAGGAUGGCCAGAAGCGACUGCAGUGGGAACGAUAUAUAGGACACCUGCUUCUCUAUUACACUCAAGGGUUCACAGCACCGUACAUUGACGAUUUCGAUUCUCCUCCUUUUGACUUGGAAGACCUCGCUCGACUCGUUGAACGAAUUGCCAUCACCAGUGCUCCAUGGCAGGCGUUUUUCGUCGAUAUCCGGAAUGUCUACAUGUGGACCGACCCAAAGCGAACGGCCCGCUGGUUAGCCCUGUACAGCGUUCUAUGGUACACGCAGCAUCUGGUGGGCUAUCUCUACUUCUACAUCAUUUAUUCGACUAUCCGCAAUCGUUUCCGUCCGAGUUCCGUCCAGACGAUCAGAGAAAGCGUGGCAAGAUCCAUCGACCGUGGGAGUCGUGCGCAUGCGUGGGGUGAAUUAAUCCAACGGCAUGGCAAGGCCGACUGGCUUGAGCCCUUGCUGGACGAGCUGGGUCCCAUGAUCCAGCUGCAACUCGGUGAUUUGGCCAACCUUCUGGAGGUGUUGAUCAAUUUCCAUCGCUGGGAACGGCCGAGAAUGACCAACGCCACGUUGUUUCUCUUCGCGUGUUGUCUUCUUACCUCACUGCUUACGGACAUGGCGUUCUGCAUGAAGGUGGUCACGUUAGUCGCUGGAGGUGCGUUCUUCUUCUCGUAUCCUAUUGCUACACGUUGGCCGAAAUACCGGAUUGUUCUCUCGCCAUUCCGAUGGAUUUUUUGGGACAUUCCCACCCAUGCCGAAUUGGCCAUCCAACAACUACAAGAAAAAGCACUGGUCAGAAAUGCGGACCUUGCCGAUUUCGAGGUACCACAUCCUCAGGACAUUUCGGACGAAGACAGUAUAGUACAAGAACAAGAAGCACUGGUUGAUAAUGAGAAACGAUCGGCGGACUCCCGGCUCUUCAAAGUUUAUGACAAGCAGUAUGGAAGGGGCUGGCUAGUUGUGAGUCGUACCGGUAUUGCGGUCCAGACAAUGGAAAGACAAACCCGGAGUUGGCCAUUUAGCGAACUUUUGGAGAUGCGCAAGAUCGAUGAUGUGGAUGUCGAUUCCAUGCUCAAGAAUCUCAAACAUGUGCAAUCCCGCUCGGCGACGGUGCUGCAAUUCGAGUUUAUGUCUGGUGACACCGAGGCGGAUAAGACGUUGACGGUUCUACUCCAACCGGCCGAUCGUGAUCGAGUAUUCAAUCUUGUACUGGCAUGGAGUGGCGUGAGGUGGCAAGCGUUGAUGCUGGAAAGACACAAUACACGGAACGACAACAAAAGCGAUCGAAGCAACCUGCAAAGAGCCAUUAAGCGAGCGAUUUAUUGAUCAACGCAGCAUACACCGGCACAGUUCGUUUUCGAUUAUGGACAAGACAGCAAGCGUUUGCAUUCAUUAGCAGGGGGCAUGGCAGUGAUACCCAUCAUCAGGAAGUGUUGAAACGCGACCAAGCAGCCUCUGCUUUUAUCAGUAGUACAGCAUUAUCAGUAUUCGGUUAGCAAGCAUUGCAUUCAUCUUUGAUCGAGUCACAAUUAAUAUUACUAGUAGUGUGGUCAUAACAAUAAAGAGCUGCCAGUGUGCCAGAAGACAUUGAUAUCUAGCUGAGUCUCGAUGAUGAUGUCCACCAGCGGGAUAUGCAUAUAAUACUCGCAGGUCUAAAAGAUGCUCGGCUGCCUCGGCCGGGCAGGGUUAUUUCCGA